AUGACUCCUUCCAUCCUCAUCGUCGGCGCCACCGGUAAUACCGGCCGAGCAGUCACCGAGACGCUGCCAAAGCUGCUUCAAUCCAGCACUUUAGCCGGGCAUCGUAUCAUCGCUCUGACUCGCUCCUCCAAGAGUCCCGUGGCUCAAUCUCUCGCCAAGCUUCCCGGAGUCGAAGUGAUUGAGCAGAACUGGGUUGAGAUCACCGUCGACUGGCUCCGCGAGCACCACGUUACUAGGGCUUUUAUAGCCUCCCACAAUGAACCCAACCAAUUCGCUGAAGAGUCGACCUUCCACGUCAAUGCCCUCCACGCCGGGGUCAAAUAUGUCGUGAGAAUCUCGACCACGGCUGCGAACGUGCGCCCCGACUGCCCUGCCUACUACCCACGCCAGCACUGGGCCAUCGAGGCUCUCCUUGGCUCGCCGGAGUUUAAGAACUUGCACUGGACGUCUCUUCAGCCGAACAUCUUUACGCCACUGGUCUUGGCCCCUGCUGCGGAGUUUAUCAAGGGGUAUCGCAAUGGAAAGCAGAACACGCUUCGCUUGUUGCUGUCCGAGGAUGCACCUGUCGGGAUAAUCGAUCCUGACGAAGUUGGUGUUAUUGCAGCGCAUCUCCUGUCGAAGGAUAAUACUUCCGUGCAUAACCAGGCUAAAUACGUUCUCAAUGGACCUGAAGAUAUAAAUGGAAGGCAGGUUGUCGACAUGAUUGAGAAAUACAUUGGUGCGCCUGUGAAAGACGUUAGUUAUAAAGACUUCUCCUUCAUAGACAUGCUGUAUGAGCACCAAUAUUCGGGUACAAAGCAGUCGAAGAACGUCAUCUACUCGAUCAAACAGGCCGCGGACACAGCGUGGGAUGGGAAGUGCUCGACUUCUACAACCAGCAAGGAGGCCCUAGAGCUUGCUGCUCCCAAACGGACACCUGCUGAUGUUUUGAAGACUCUACUAGAAGAAUAG